AUGGCGAGCUCGGGCAGCGAGGACCCGCGGGGCCCGGAAGAGGAGAAGAGUGUUGUGUACUUCGCCUACGGCAGCAACCUGCUGACCGAGCGGAUCCACCUGCGGAACCCCUCGGCCGAGUUCUGCUGCGUGGCCCGCCUGCAGGAUUUUAAGCUUGACUUUGGCAAUCCCCAAGGCAAAACAAGUGAAACUUGGCAUGGAGGGAUAGCCACCAUUUUUCACAGUCCCGGCGAUGAAGUGUGGGGAAUAGUAUGGAAAAUGAACAAAAGCAAUUUAAGUUCUCUGGAUAAACAAGAAGGGGUUAAUAAUGGAACAUAUGCCCCAAUGGAAGUUGAUGUUUACACUCAAGAAGGAAAAAAAAUAACCUGUCGAUGUUACCAGAUGAAAAAUUAUGAGAGUGCUCCCCCUUCGCCCCAGUAUAAAAAGGUCAUUUGCAUGGGCGCCAAAGAGAAUGGUUUGCCCCUGGAGUAUCAAAAGAAGUUAAAUGCGAUAGAGCCCAAUGAUUACAGAGGAAGGGUCUCGGAAGAAAUUGAAGACAUUAUCAAAAGCAAGGAAACAAAAACUCAUUAG